AUGCCAACCGCAACAGGCGUGUCCGUGGCUGAGCUUCAGCUCAUCAUACACCAUGUUUUCCUCACUCCUGGAAACCCGCAGAGUGGCGACGAUAUAGAGAUUGCUCUUGCCAGCGAAGUGGCUCUUUUGAAUUAUGUCUGUCAGGCUCUGCGCGAUUUCAGCAACCUCGAAGUGCUCAACGGCAAUGGCGCUGUGCAGCGCGCGCGGGAAGCCAUUCAAUUUCUUCGGGAUUCGAAGAUUUCAUCGGGAGAUCUUGAUGCCCAAAAGCUACAAAAAGCUUUUGAGACGCUUUCAAAAGAAGGUGGCAUGUUUCCAAUUCAUGUGCAAGCACAAAAUGCAGCAAUCAUUGCCAGUCGCGACAAGUCGGAGAUCCUUCUCGAAUUCUCCGAGCUUGCACCCGAGAACGAAGCUGCAAUGCGAACGAAAGGGCGACUUAAGCGACAUUUUCCUGGCUCGGCUGUAUCGAUUCCAGUGACAACGUUUGCCAACUCUGAUCUUCAUCUCUCUAUGGCUGAAACCGUUGCCAAAAUGAGUUUUCAGCAAGUCAAGGCUAUGAAACCGACAGUUCGAAAGUCUGGCGAAAGCCAUAUCGAGGAGCGUGAUACUACGAAUCCCGCUAUUGUCACCGAUUUUCUUGCCACUGUUCUCAGUGCACUCGGCGAACUUGCCCAAGUUCCAAUCCUCGAAAAAAAUACAAGAGAACAAGUUAGCUGGAAAAGUUCUACUAUGCCCUGGAGACGGUCAUCAGUUUGGCUCCUUGCUCGAAUAACCAUUCAAACCAUUUUUGACCGCGUCGCGGAGCCACACGUCUAUAAGCAAUUCAUGGUCUUCUUCAUGUCUUUGCUCUUGGAGGGUGCAGUCUCUUUCAACAUGCAAUCUGAGACUCUUUAUUGCAUGGUGGCAAAAUUGUCCGGCCGACUGAGGAAACUUGGUGAGAAUGCACCGAAGUGUCUCCUUGGUGGGGUGGGAACGACAAUGGCAAGCGCUGUUUCCUGCAUGAAGGCGUCGUGGCAGACAACCAGACAAGCAUUGGAUAAAACUCUGUCGCUUUGCGAUACUAAAGCGUAUUUUCCCAAAGACAUAUACACCCUGUGUCCGGGUUUGGAUAGUUUCAUCCAGUCUAUUGAUUCACGCAAGCCUAAACCAGUCAACAGAGGCUUUAGCCCGUCCUGGUCGGUGCCGGAGUACAAUAGCUCGACCUUCCCCAAGACCGUGUUUGUUCAAGAAGAUGAGAGUGCUGCUGUUGAGCUUCUGGCAUUUGAGAGCUGGGUUGCUGCGUCUUUGGACCAUUGGCUCGCUGCCAACAUUGGGUCAGGAGAUACACCCGGAAAACUACUGCAAGCGGUCAAAAACUACCACAAGAGUGCCCUUGAGCGAUAUUCUGGCAGCCCUGAAGCUACAUCUUUGAUGCUGUUGACAAUCAUGGAGCUUUGGGUGGCAUGCGACAAGUCAGCUUGCCAGACUCAUGAUUUGCUGCGGAACUUCAAUCAUGAAAUCCCUGGCGAAGUGCUCCAGUCACUCAUACUGCCGUUCAAAAAAGACAUGGAACGCCUUCGUCAUAUUGAGAAGUACUUUGAAACACGCAAGCAUCGCGUUCCGCAGCAUAGUCCUUCUAUUUUCUCGAGUUUUGGAGACGAAAAUUCGUUGGCGGUCCAAUUCUUUCACCUGUCGGCUGAACAUCAGGCUCUAAAGAAGAGAAUCGAGGAUUGGGCGGAGACCCAAAGAGAGAGCAAACGACAAGAGUUCCGCGACAAGCUUGACAGUUAUCGGUCACACACAAAAAAAAGCAGUGCUUGGCGAGACACGACAGCUUAUAUCGUCUCUCAGGUCUUGAAGUCUACAAGACGCGCCACCAAGGAAAAUGGCCGUGAGGACUUUUUGUCUUCCUUCUUGCCCAAGUACUGGCUACCCCCAACUUUGCCUCGCUUUGUGCUGGCUUCGACAACCAAGUCCAAUAGCAGGACCCAUCGAAAACUGAAAUAUCUCUCAACUGCAUCGGAAGACGACGUACUUGUCAAAAAUGGACUGCAGUUUCAUUACUUUGACUGCCACUUGAAUAAAUGGUCAACCUCUUUCCAGCAAAACGACCGAAUAGCGGAAGAUUGCACCUACAAACUCUCCGGGCCAUGCAACAGUCUGCAACAGUUUUUGUUUCGGCCGCAUCUGCGGCCGAAUGGCAAGACUGCAAAUCACGUCAUUUCCGAGCAAUCAGUGUGCCCUGAACAUCUAUCUUUAGAAGAAUUCAAGGCCAUGGCGGCGUUGCCUUGCGGCUACAGAGUCCAGUGGUUGAACGUCCUCACGCAGCUCCAUAUGCCGACGGUCAAUUUUGCCAACCACGACGUGCUUUUGAUACUUUUACAGAUUAGGGGGCAAGCGGGACCUCCUAAUGGGACUGUAUAUCGAGCCGGACAUCGAUUCAUUAUUCGUGAAGAUUUCACACUUGCAUGUGUGGAUGGCCUCGGAGGCGCUCUCGACAAAGUAAGAGAGAACUGGGAGUCGUACCACGCCGUGAGCGGCUAUAUUGCUCUGACUUCUAAGCUUCUGUCUUUUGCGACUAAGGCCGAAGCUCCAAGAAGAUGUCUGCAGUUCUUAGAAGAGUGUCGCUCUGUCGUUUCAAGCUGGAUGACCCUCUUACAAGACAAAGUAAAGCAGUCCGAGACCGAGAGCACACGCGCAGAGUUCCUCGACAACACUUUACAGGUGGCGCAAAUAUGUAUCGAAACUUUCGAUGUUGAUGAGAUAUAUCUGCAGAAAAUUCUUGGAUCCGUGAAUCAUGCAGCUGUUUUGCUUGAGGCUUCUAUCACGGCACAUGAUGUAUCGCGUGGCGUCGAAGGCCGGCGACUGAUUUCCAGGCUCCGAUGUGAAAGAAUUCUCUUCAAAGCUUUCAGGUUCUUAAAGGAUGAGAUCAUUGAGAAAAGUAGCCCUUGUCUAGAUUUGGCGCUUCAACAAACUUGGUCAGCGUAUCCUGGCGGGGCGACUUGGAAGGCUGCGUCACCCCCAUACGGACACUGGUUGAUCACUGCCAUCCCUGCCGCAGAGACAAAUCUGUUACUUCAUAUUCAGUUCAAUCUCUUGACUGGAGAGCUACUAGUGAACGGCAAUCCCUUGUCACGACUGCCUGCCCAAUAUGAGCAACAUUCAAUGUACGCCGAUCUUUUUGGUAAGACGACACUCGAGGUUCUACCUGCAGAUUUUCCUGGAAUGAGCCUGUCAUCUAAGAAGUCUUACCACGGCUAUACAUUGUUUUUCGGUAUGACUGAUCAGGCGUCCCCUGAUCUCCUUCUUGUGGCCAGAUCGGGUACGCAGAUUUACGACUUGGUUCCCUCGAGAGUAUUUGCAAACAAUUUGCCACAUUAUUUUGCCAACAGGUACAUUCAUUGGUAUAACAGAAGCUCUCAAACCGUGGAAUUUAGGGAUAAAAAGGAUCCGUGGAAGCCAUUGACAAGUCAGAAUUGGAUCAUGACAAGCUCUGAACAGGGAUGGGUCCUUGAACGGCAGGAGCAGCACAUCUUGCUGGGUAUGGAGAGCUCUACCGUCCGGUACUUGGCAGAACUGCUGAAUCCAGUCGAAAAUAAGGAUUAUAUUCACGCUUCUUUUGACAAGAUCACGGAACAGAUAACAGUUGAGCUGCCAAGACUUCAGCUUGAUUUUUUUGCAGAAACGGGUGCCUCGAAGCUUUGCUCUCGCCAAUUUCGAGGCAUGUACGUUGAUUCUGAUCAGGGAAUCGGUACACUUGUGGGAUUGGAAAGCAAAUUGAUCUUGAGAAACGAAAAUAACCGUCGCAAGGUCUUGAUACCUGAUGGUGAGCCAACUUGGUCAUGGGCGUCGGCGAAUCACGUUCGAGUGUCAAUCCCGCAUGGGACAUCCAAGAAGGCCCAUGCUUACGAGGUUGAUACUCGCUUGCAAAGACUAGUGGACAAUGGCAGUAUGCAGAGUAAGCUAGCCAUCUGCUACCUUCAUGCUCUAACCUCGUAUUGCUUGCCGGACGAACUCACUGGGAAGACAGGGACGGAACAGGCCCUAUCCAUUCUUCGCUCAGCCUCUCUUCGAUCUUUCGAUCAUCUGAAAGAUGAUGAAAUUUUGAAACUCACCAAGAUCGCGCGCUUAUCCCCAACCAGGCAAUACUACCCCAAAAACCUUCAAUGCAUGGAGAACAUCGAGUGGGACACGCGCCUCAGUUUCUUGUCGCAGGACAAUGCACUCCACUCCUUGGUGAAAGAGAUUUUUGAAGAAGCCCGCGAUAUCAAGGUAUUCUACCCUGCUGAGUCUAAUGAAUUGCCGCGUCUCGAUCACGUCAAUGAUGCUCUAGGAGAACGUUGUUCCAUUAGAGCAGCAAGCUUUCAGGUGGAUGGAUUCGGCGGAGAAAAUCACACUACCAGCCAAGAUGCAGUAUACAGGAGCCGAGACACGAUGCAUCACUCCGGACUUUCCACAAAAGCCUUUCAGAUUGCCAAAAUGAUUGUGCGAGACGGGGCUAAUCUGGUUGAAACGGUUGAUCCCGAGCUGGUGUCAAAACUAUGGUCGUCUCUUUCGAGUGUCGCCUGCGGUUCAAUUGGAGAUCUGUCGACGCGAGAUAUAUGCUAUGACUCCCAAUGGCUACAGGACCAGGAUACUCUCCUUCAAAAGUUCUGGUGUCAGCUUCAUCGAUUGCUCCUCGCAUCAUCGUCGCCUCUCAACCAAUUCCAAGUUAUGAUGUGCCUCUGUACAAUGGGAUACUCGUCAACGACAAAGCUGCAGUCGAUACAGUGCAUUGCAGCAUUCUUUAAAACUCCGAUUAUAUUCAAUGUAGAAAUACCAAGCGCUAGUCAAUACUGGCUCACUGAGGGCUACGACGCCAAGCGAUCUGAGAUUGAGGCAGGCGCUAGAGCACACGUCGUCUCAUUCGACAAAAGCCCCGAAUACGAUUGGACUCGGAAUGAAAACGAGACCGACACUGAGUUCCUCGAAAGACGAAGAAUUGCGUUUGAGUGCAGCCAGAAUAAGGCUGUCGAUGCAUUUGUCGAACAUGUUCAUCAACAAUGGAUUUCUAGAAGGCCAGAGGCGCCUUCCGACAACAGCUCGCAUCUGGACUCGUCUAAUUCGAUGGUAAGGGUCUUCCAGAUGUGGGAUAAGUGGUAUCAAAACCAUCUUUUCUACCAAUAUCUACUCGGUCUCAAAGCGAAGCUGGAUUCACUUACAGUCGUGGCGGCUCGUCCCCUGUCGGAAUUGGCGGCUGGAAGAUCGGUUCUGAGGCCACAGAUGCAAAAGUCAUUGAUCAGCGUUCGGGCCAUGUUUGCUUUCUCCAUCCCUUUGAUGCCUCGACUUGAACAAACAGAGCUGGAUGUGUGCCAACUGAGCACAGCACACGUUUCAGCUUCUCCCAGAUUGCCUUUGCUUCUGGAGAGGCUGAGGGAAACUUCUUCAUCCGAGCACCCAAGCCAACGCAUAUAUGUCGAAGAAUUGGAGAGAAGCUUAAAUGCUCUGAAGCAAGUACAGCCACCACAAGCAUUGAUGAUCGAGGGGAAAGAGCUACGCGACGUGCUUGCAAAUCAUUGCCACAACUGUCAAGCCAACGUGGAUAGAGUUCGCACCGCGUUAGAGACUGCCAUCACAAAAGGUCUCCAGCUGGGUCUCUGUGAAAGACCAUCUGGAUUGACCGAUGAGGAGUGGCAAAUUGCGGCCACGUUCAUGGCUCCUCGCACCUCUUGCUCCGUUUUGCUUGGCAAUCUUGUCCGAGGCCAAUGGGAUUCGCUGUCUGAAGAGUGGAAGGACUCCCUUGUGCUGUUUGGAGUGGCACUGACGAAGUUGCAGAGGGCAGAGAGACUGCUUCAGGCUAAAUCCUCUUCAGAUCUUGUCAAAGAAUUGCUUAAUGUCGGGCAUACAAAUUGGAAGCCAACAGAUAGCCCGGAAAGCUUAUUGCUGGAGAUUGAGAGUGGUAUCUUGAUUCGCGAAGUUCAAGAGCACAUUGCGUCCGAGAUGAGAAGCCCUGCGGCCGAAAAAAAUGCGGUAAUGCAGCUAAACAUGGGUGAGGGAAAGUCAUCUGUCAUUGUGCCCAUCGUCGCUGCGCACCUAGCGGAUGGCUCCAGGCUUGUGCGCGUUGUUGUUGGAAAACCACAGGCCAAGGAGCUGCGACGAACACUGAUCUCGAAGCUUAGCGGGCUUCUUAAUCGUCGAAUUUUUCAGAUGCCUUUCAACCGCUCACUCAGACUCAAAGAAAUUGAAGUUAAGAGUUUGUACCGUCUCUAUCAAAAGUGCAUGAAACAAGGUGGCGUUUUGCUUGUGCAACCAGAGCAUAUGCUAUCGUUCAAGCUCAUGGCCGUCGAGUACCAGACAAUGCCUAACCAAGAACGGGCAGGCACAGCUCUUGUUCGUUUACAUCAUUUCUUUCAGACAAACUCCCGCGAUAUUGUAGACGAAAGCGACGAAAACUUCAGUCCCAAGUUCGAGCUCAUCUACACAAUGGGAGAACAGCGUCCCAUUGAGCUCAAUCCUGAGCGCUGGACUUUUUUGCAGCGCCUUCUUGAUGUCGUCGUCAACGUCGCACCAUCGGUGCGUCAAGAUAUGCCUGAGGGUAUGGAGAUUUCGCACAAUCGACGUGGUCGCUUCCCAAGGACACGCAUUCUCCGCGCUGAAGCUGGAGCACAGCUCCUCCGCAGAAUUACGCAAAAGAUUUGUGACACAGGACUUCCGGGCUUACCCAUCGGACGACAAAGUGAUAAAAUGAGACAGGCCAUCUAUGAGUAUAUUCUUGAAGAAGAUGUGUCCAUGAAUCAAGUUGCUCUCGUGGAAAAGAAUGAUGGGUUCUUUGCCGACUCUAUCAAGGGUCCGUUGCUCUUGCUGCGAGGCCUUAUCGCAGGUAGAGUGCUCUCUUUUGCACUCCGUCAGAAACGAUGGAGAGUAAAUUACGGCCUUGAUCCAGACCGAACACCUAACACGAAACUCGCGGUACCGUAUCGAGCAAAGGAUAGCCCGUCGACGCGAGCUGAGUUUAGUCACCCAGAUGUGGUUAUUCUGUUGACUUGCCUGAGCUAUUACUACGAGGGCUUGACAGACGAAGCGCUGUUUUCGGCCUUUGCACAUUUGAUGAGGUCUGACCAGUCAGAGACAGAGUAUGAGGAAUGGGUCGCAGACGCGCCUAAACUUCCGAGUUCUUUCCACCGCUUGACCGGAGUCAAUCUCAAAGACGUGGGCCAGAUCACCAGAGAAGUCUUUCCUCACUUACGACAAGCAAAGAGCGUGGUGGACUACUAUUUGUCUCACAUGGUCUUCCCAAAAGAGAUGAAAGAGUUUUCACACAAGCUCUCGUCUUCGGGUUGGGACCUUGGCGCCCAGAAAUGUCAUGCGACAACUGGUUUCAGUGGUACAAAUGACUCGCGCCACGUCCUACCUCUCGAAGUGAAGCAGCUCGACCUUGAAGAGCAACUGCAUACCAAUUCUCUUGUCCUUGAGAAUCUUUUGAGACAGGAGAAUAAGGUACAUUUGCUCAAGUCUUCUGCUAAAAUUGAGGGUACCGACACGGAGUUGCUGCUUGAAUUCGCUGCAAGCAAAGAAAACGAAGUUCACGUCAUUCUAGAUGUUGGCGCUCAGGUGCUAGAGCUCACAAAUAUUCAAGUGGCUAAAAAAUGGCUGGAGCUUCUUCCUGUGAAGCAAAUCCAGGAAGCUGUUGUGUUUUUCGAUGAUGAUGAUGACAUUUGCGUCAUGGAUCGGAAGGGCGUCGUGGAGAGACUACAGACCUCGCCGUAUGCUGAGCAGCUGGAUCGUUGUCUGGUAUUCCUUGACCAAGCACAUACGCGAGGAACCGAUUUAAGACUCCCAGAGCACUAUCGAGCUGCGGUGACAUUGGGCCCCGACAUCACGAAGGACAGGCUCGUGCAAGCUUGCAUGCGUAUGCGAAAAUUGGGCCAUGGUCAGUCGGUCGUGUUUUGUGUUUCCAGAGAGAUGCAAUCUCGUAUUCACAUGGCCACAAGUAAACCAUCCGACAGCGACGUUGGAGUCGACGAUGUGUUGAUGUGGGCCAUUACCGAGACUCACGCCGAUUUGCGACGACUGAUGCCGCUCUGGGCGAUCCAAGGAGCCCGGUUCUAUAAUCAGAAAACGACAUGGGAUAAUGUUACCACAGAAGAUGGCAUAGCCUUGUCUAAGGAGCAGGCAGAAGCUUUUCUAGAAGAAGAGGCGCAAACGAUCGAGAAACGCUAUCGACCAGCUUCUCAGACUGCCGAGACCGACGCCACGUUGUCUUCAUUUGCAAACCUAACUCUUCAAGAAAGCGAAGACUCUCCACUACACUCUAUCAAGAACCGCUGUGACGAGUUUGGCAUCUCCCAUUUCAGGUCGGCAGCGUUACAGGAGGAGCAGGAGAAAGAGCUGGCGCCCGAAAUCGAGCAAGAGCGCCAAAUUGAGCGACCACCGGCCAUGUCACCCGCCGAGCACGAGCUGCACGAAGACCUGAAGGAGAUUGCCACUACAGGACGAAUCGAACCAAAGUCGACCGCUCUGCGCCCAGCAUUUUGGGCCCUUGAAACUACAAGUGUAGCAGACUGGGUAGAUCUGAGCGGGUUCCCUGACGGCCUUCUCGUGACAGUGGACUAUGCACGGACGGUUCAGCUGCGCGCGUCGGGUGCAAGUGCAGACUCAUUCCAGAGACCUAUCCAAUGGAUUCUCACCGGACUUGACCCCAGCAAAGCAGUAAUCAUCAGUCCGUACGAGGCGCAUCAUCUCAUUCUUCAGCUCACAAAGCCAGGCUCGCGCGCACGCCUUCAUCUGUACGCGCCGCGAGUAACUCUGGGCAUGCAGCCGCUUGAUCUGCUUCGCCUCUACACGGUCUCGGGUACCGCGCAUAAGGAUUGGGAGCUGUCGCGUCACCUGCGGCUGCAGCUGAACCUGUUUGCCGGCCAGCUGUACUUUGGCUCGUACCAGGACUACGCGGAUACCUGUGACAUGCUAAGCCUCGCGUGGCGACCGCUCUCUGCUGACGAGGGGCACGUCCAGGUGGAGACGGACGGCUUCGUCGUCGGAGGUAACGCCCGAUUUACAAAGAGUCCGGUACAGAGCAUCAAGGUGCUCCUGAGCACGCUGCGACGCGAUUGUCGGGAUAUUAGCAAGACGCAUUGGGGCCGCAUUCUUGGAGGCGAGUUUCUGACGAAAGCGGAUUUCGAGGCGUGA